AUGGACUCGGACAGCAGUGGCGCCGAGAGCAGCAGCAGCUCCGACACGCUCCUCGUGAAGAAGCAGCGGCUCCAGCAAGGGGGGUCCCUCGUCAAGAAGGUACUCACCAUGUCGACCUCUGUCUCGCUGGACGCCUGUGAGGCCUGUGAGUCGGCGAUCCGAGGCGACCAAUCGUCCGUCGCCUGCGCCGGCCCGUGCUGCCGCAAGUUCCACAGUGACUGCCUGCCCAGCGACGGAGGCAUGAACAAACCCUGGACGUGCAUCGACUGCCGGUCACAUAGCCACCGAUGCUUCGCGUGCCAGCCCUUAUUAGGCCCUGCGCCCAUGAAACUGGUGCCAGCCACGGACGCGACGCCCGUCGCCUGCCGCGCCGCGGGCUGCGGCAAGUUCUACCACAUCACAUGCGUCAAGAAGCUCUCGCUCACACGCGUGCUGGACGACAACGGGUUCAUCUGCCCACUGCACACGUGCGCCAAGUGCGAAGGCAGCCACGCCGCCUCCACGCAUGCGAUCCAGUGCAUGCGCUGCCCCAAGGCAUACCAUACCUCAUGCGUGCCCUCGACCGGCGUGCAGCGACUGCCCGGCACGGCCCGCGUCGUCUGCCUCGCGCAUCUCAAAGCAACGACGACGAUAGGCGACGAGCCGCGCCGCCCGCGCAUGUCGAUCUCGUCCGUCGAUUCGGCCAACGACGGCGUCUCGGACGGUAGCGAGACCGAGUGGCCCAAGUCCCGAGAAGACAAGAGGACCAAGAAGACCGACAAGAAGAAGAAGAAGAAGAAGAAACUCAAGAAGGAGAAGAAGCGCGCGCGGUCCAGCGACGAAGCCGACGUGCCGCCGCCGCCGAGCGCCCAGCCGCCGCCACCGCCAAUCGAUGUCCCGGUCAAGCCGCCGGUCAAAGUCCAGCUCAACAUUACGAUCCCAGAGACGCCGAUCACGGCGGAUGAGAGCGUUGUUUUGAAAGAGACGAAAAAGCGACCGAGCAGCACGCGCCAGAGUGCGCUCGACGAGUCCAUCGACGAGGUGGACGAGCCGGAAGAAGCCAAGUGGGUCCAAUGUGACUCGUGCCGCAAGUGGCGGACGGUGCCGCAGCACCUCGACUUGGACGCGAUGCCGGAAAAGUGGUAUUGCAAAAUGAACCACUGGGCCAAAGCGUAUGCAUCCUGCGACGUCCCGGAAGAAGUCAUUGAGCCCAAGAAGAAGAAGCAAAAGCUCGACCACGUUGCGACGCCGCCGGUCGUGCAUAGCGCAGCAACUGUCGUGACGGACAAGGACAAGAAACCCUCCAAGAAGGAGCAGCGCGCGUCGACGAGUCAGUCGACAAGCGCCAGCAGCAGUGCAACGACAACGUCAGUCAUGCCCAGCAGUUCCAAGCAGCAAACGAAGGACGUCAAGUGGGUGCAGUGCGACAACGUCAACUGCGGCAAGUGGCGCGUCGUGGCCCAAGCCAUCGACGAAGCGUCCUUGCCGAGCAAGUGGUUUUGCCACCUCAACACGUGGGCGCCCGAGCUUGCGUACUGCCACGCUGAGAACCCGCCCGAAGUCGACUCGGUUUUGAUGAACAAGAAGACGCCCAAGCCAAAGCGCGCGACGAAAGACUCGGCACGCAGUCCUCGCAGCACGAUCGUCCUUGCUACGGACGUGGCGUCCGUGGAAGCUGCGCUACCGACAGAGGAGGCGCCGGCCGCAGCCGUCCCGCUCCCUACGCCCGUCCCCGUCGCUUCGACCAAGACCAGCAUUGGCGAGAAGAAACAAAAGGUCAAGAAGGCCGUGCUCGAGUGGGCGCAGUGCGAAAAGUGCAACAAGUGGCGCAAGCUCCCCCACCACGUCAAGUCGUCGACGCUGCCCGACAAGUGGUAUUGCUCGAUGAACCAUUGGAACAUUGCGCUCGCGAGCUGCAACGUGCCCGAAGAAGCCGACAACGACCCGUUCAUGGACCACGUCGUGGACCCGCGCCAAGGCUGGUACGGCGCGGUCAGUGGUCGCACGAAGCGCGGCAAGCUCAGCUACCGCGAACUCCUCUACGGCGGCAACGGCCACUUUCGAAAAACCUACACGGAAGAGUCCUCGACGCUCUCGUUUGAAUACGAAGGCAAGACCUUCUACCGCGACGACCAGUACCGCAAAAGCUCCAUGUACCAGCCGCGCGAGCCGCCUGAGUUUCCGUCCGACGCUAAGCCGGCAGUGGUCUCGCCGACGGCGCCAGCGCUCACGUCGGACGAGAUGGUUGCGUGCCAGCAAGAGAUUCUCCGUGUCCUCCACGACGUCCAUGCGUCCUACUCGACCCUCGAUAUCGUGCUUGCGCUCAACAGCGACGGCGCGGCCACCAUCUACUCGUACCCGAUGGUUCAGAGCUGCCUCCAGACGAUGCUCACAUCCGGUCUCAUUGAGAGCGCGACGGAAGACGCGAUUGUCAAGGUGACCAUGCCGCUGCAGAUCAGUACGUACGCCAGUGCGUACUAUGUCACGGGCGAGAACAACCACGACGUGCGCAGCUGGGACGAGCGAAGGCCGCACGCCCACGUCAAGUACCGGCGUAAACUCGUGUCGCGGCCACCGCUCAAGCUCGCCAAGCCGUGGAAACAAAAGGGAUUUGCGGGCUUCUCCGCCACGCCGUCUCAUUAG